UCCGUUCAAUAUUUUCUUCCCCUAGUUCGAUGUGGUUCCGGUGUCAUUUUUAUGUGUUAAGGCUUGAUGGAAACGUUUGGUCCAAAUGAUCAAGAGAUCGAAAGAUGGAUGUCUCGUGCGUUUGAAAUGGCCACCGAAGCUCUGCAGAAUGGAGAGGUUCCUGUGGGAUGUCUGAUGGUCUACAAAGAUGAAGCAAUUGGGAAAGGAAGGAAUGAAGUUAACGAGACUAAAAAUGCCACUCGUCAUGCUGAAAUGGUCGCUCUGGAUGAGGUCCUGGACUGGUGUGGCAAUAGAAACCUGGAUCUGAGGAGCGUGUGCGAGCGCACAGUCCUGUACGUCACGGUGGAGCCAUGCAUCAUGUGUGCUGCAGCCCUGCGCCUGCUCAACAUUGCUGAGGUCGUGUACGGCUGCAGGAACGAGCGGUUUGGAGGCUGCGGAUCUGUCCUGGACAUUUCCUCCGCUGACCUGCCACAGACGGGGACCACAUUUAAGUGUGUUUCCGGCCACAGAGCAGACGAAGCUGUGGAGAUCCUGAAAACUUUUUACAAACAACAGAACCCAAACGCUCCAAAACCCAAAACAAGGACAGAUGCAGCUCUACAAAUUUGAUGCUGAUGGAUUAGUUGUUAGUAUUAAGAAAAAAAAAGAAUUGUUUUGUACAAUAAAAAUAGAUUUUUGAUUAUGUCAA